AUGAGGCUCUUCUCAAUAGCCCAGCUAGUGACACUUCUGGUGCCUCUGCUUCAUCCGGAUGGCUCGACUGCUCAGUCGCUCAGUGAUCACCUCAACCCACCCUACGCGCUGCGAGUUUUAUCCCCUCACAAUUUCGUACAUAAGGCAUUAGUUCAAGCCGCAGAUGGCACACCCGACGGUGCCGGGCUCUUUGUUCGGGAUUGGAAGCGCUCGCCAUUGUCUUCAGCCUGGCAAUUCGAAGUCACGGGUCAGCUCAACGAGACACAGAUGCUUAACGACACCGCCCAGUUGAUUGUCAUAGGAUCUAAGAUAUACAUGUGGUCACCUGAGCCAGCAACUAUGAGAAUGUCGGUCAUAACUAAGUCUGCAGCGCAAAGUGGAUUCCCCGGCACACCAUGGCCGUCGGUCUAUAUUUCAGCGAAGUGGCAGUUCAACAUUGCGAAAGAUACGUUAACAGGAAAAUGGAUGCUGUUAAACCCCUAUGACCACGGGGGCUGGACAUCGCAGCUGAACACGCAACCUCCAGAUGGUACAUGGGCGAUUCUUUGGUGGAACGGCACUGCUGACGCUGAAGUGGAUCCAUCAAAUGUUCCAAUAUCUCUUGAGGUUGUUUCUGUCCCGGAUCUAUUGGAGAGUUAG